UGCAACCUGGAAGAAGGAUUGUUAUAACAGAACAAAAAAAAAAGUAAAGAAAAAAAAAUCAUGCGUAAAUCCAGAAACUAUGAGUGACGGUCCGGCAUGUGGUCCAGCUGCUGUGGCGCUCCGGCGGAGGGGAAGUUGUGAGUCAGAGCCGGAGGAACAGCAACUUUUAUAGACUUUCAACUCCGCCGCCUGCAAGUAGCCAGCAGCCCCAAUUUAGACUGUUUUCCCACUCAGGGAUUGUGCGUCUGGAGAGCUUUGACACUAGAUCAGUGUUUUUAGGUUAUGUGUUGUCGAGGGCGUCUUGAAGCGACGCGGAAAUGGCAUUUCUGUGAAGAAGAGGUCUCUGGUUUUUGUGGUUGACAAUGGAGAAUAAAUGAAAAGGGACGAUUCUGGGGAUAAAUUGACAGCACAACGACAGAAUGCGGGAGAGGGACCUACAGAGCAUGUGCAGAAGGGCGCUGCUGCUGACCGUCUGUAUGGUGUCUCUGUGGGGACAGCUGACGAGUGCAUCGUCACACAGAAGCCACAUAGUUCAUGUGAAAGCGGGAACCUGCGAGGUAAUUGCAGCACACCGAUGCUGCAACAAGAACAAGAUCGAAGAGAGAUCCCAGACUGUCAAGUGCUCCUGCUUCCCUGGACAGGUGGCGGGAACAACAAGAGCGGCUCCAUCUUGUGUAGACGCAUCCAUAGUUGCACAGAAGUGGUGGUGCCAGAUGCAUCCCUGCAUGGAUGGGGAGGAGUGUAAAGUGCUGCCAGAUCUCAAAGGAUGGAGCUGCAGUACAGGAAACAAAGUUAAGACAACAAAGGUCACACGAUAGUCGUCUGUUUCCAGGAUAACCUUGUUUGGAAACAUUUGUUUCUUUGACCAAGACCGCAGGACAGUAGGACAUCAUGUGUUUUGAGGAUUGGUGGAACCCAGGGACCAACAAGGACAAUAAUCACGGACAUUCCACUGCACGGAUAGAGGAACGGGGCCAGGAAGUAUCAUAUAAGACUACAUAUCCAAAAAGAUCCCUGACUUUAGAUGCAGCACCAACAGUAGCUGUCUCUGAACUCUACUGCCCACCAAAUCUCUCUUUGUAUUAUAGUUUUAUUCCUAUGGACUAGAAGACUCGACCAUGAAGAUAUUUAUUGACUAAAAAGACUGUGGAUUACACCAGAAAAAAAAAUCACCCUGAAAACAAAACCACGUGAUGUGAAACUUUUGUGUUAUUUUCUUGCCACAAAGAGCUCCAGGACUCUUGAUGCGUAUCUGUGUUGACGAUCUAGUGAGAUCAUAAGCAUUUUCAUUCCUUUUAGCCUUAUGGAGAGGAGGUAUCUCUUCUGUUUCUUUUUAUGUUGAUUUUAAACUAUCAAGUGUUUGGCUUCCUUAAGUUUGUUAGGAGUCUUGUAGAAAAGUCUUGUUUUUAAAGACAGAAGACGACAACAGAAACAGAAAAAAAAUGUAGUGAAGAAGGGUCAACACAGCUGAGUUCUGCCAAAAUGUUUUAAUGGUAUCUGUUGUUUUUGAAGCCUGGUGACUACCAUUGAUUACAAAUGUCAAUAUUAUCUCAAUAAAUCUAACUCAAUGGAUAU